UCAUUAGUGUAGUGUGUGUGCUAAAUUGGUUGAGGAGGCAGCUAUGGUGGUGUUGGGAGUGGUUGUUUCUCCACAGGCACAGCAUAUCCUCCUUUCAAUUCCAACGAAAAUUCCUCCUCAAUAUUGUACAAGGCGUAAAGCUUUGAUAUUUACUUCUUCUCUGUUUUCCUCUUUCAUAUAUACAUCUCAUCACUCUCCUGCUACUGCUUUCCAAAUCGAAAUGCCUCAACAAGAAGAAGAUAGACUCGUUCAUCUCUUUCAGGAAACUUCCCCUUCUGUUGUUUUCAUUAAGGACCUUGAGUUGGCUAAAGGCUCUAAUGACUCUACUAAGGUGCUAGCCGACGAUGAGAAUGCAAAAGUGGAAGGGACAGGUUCGGGCUUCAUUUGGGAUAAGUUUGGUCACAUUGUAACCAAUUACCAUGUCAUUGCUAAAUUAGCUACUGAUAACAUCGGAUUGCAGCGUUGUAAGGUUUCUUUAGUGAAUGCUAAAGGAGAAAGCAUAGUUAAGGAUGCGAAGAUCGUAGGUGUUGAUCCAGCAAAUGAUCUGGCCGUUCUCAAGGUUGAUAUUGAAGGUGUUGAAGUAAAACCAGUCUCUGUUGGUACCUCUCGCGGCCUACGUGUAGGUCAAAGUUGUUUUGCCAUUGGAAAUCCGUAUGGAUUUGAAAACACUCUCACAACUGGGGUAGUUAGUGGAUUAGGCAGGGAAAUACCUGCACCAAAUGGAGCUGCCAUUAAAGGAGCUAUUCAAACAGAUGCUGCAAUUAAUGCAGGGAAUUCAGGUGGUCCGUUGAUUGACUCAUCUGGUCAUGUAAUUGGUGUAAAUACAGCAACAUUCACCCGCAGAGGUCUGCAUCUGCUGGUUCAUCGCUUACUGACAUUAUUAAAUGCCUGUUGCUUCUUAUCUUUACACAGAACAUGUUGAUUCUUCUGCUCUAGGUUGACCAGGAUAGAAGUAAAAGCAUUGGUGUUCAUCAUAUUCUCAUUUUUCAAAUUUUAACUGUUUAAAUUCUGCAUCACAUGGAAUCAUCAAGCAUCUUACCCGUAUCCUAAGCCAACGUAUUAGGUAACUGUUGAAUUUUUGUGGCCUGGUAGGAUCUAGUUCUGUCCUCCCCUUCGGGAAAAUGUAUUUGCUUUUCCCUCUACCCUAAUACUGCAGAACAUAUGCACAAUCUUUUAUCCAUUGCCAUUUAUAUACUUUUUUAUGUCAAACUUCGUAUACAAUUAACAUAACUUCUUAUUAUUUGGCAUUAACGUUUCGGCUAUCUAAAAGCAUGUUACGGAUUGUGCUUUGCAUAACAAGGUGUAAAAGAUGUGCAUUUUAUCAUUAAUCCCUCAGAAGGAUCAGAGGUUAUUCCUUUCUAAGAGUUUGUCAAGAAUAGAGCUGAAUUAGCAUAGAUCAGUAGAAACUUAAAAGCUUACUAAUCCUAGUGACUGCUCAGGAAUUUCGCUAAUCUGGCUGCAUCCAUAGUUACAUGAUCAAAGUUAUAGUCGUAGUUUGGUAAAAUUUAAAUUUAUUUAAUUAGAAAUGUGGUAUAUCAAGCUUGGUUUCUAGGUUAGAAAAUUGGAUUGGCUUAGAUUAUAAUCCAAGCCUAAUCACAAGGUUAAGAGCCUAUGCCUAUUACAAAAGCUGUAGUUCACCAUCCCUAAUGGCCUAUGAUGAAGUAUGUAGAAGCCUACUUAGCACACAAUUCUAGAAUGAUUAACAUAUUUACUAUUGAAUCUUAAUUAGCCUACAGGUUACAUCAUUUUGUGAUUUUACUAAAGGACCUUUAGCCUUCGUUGCUCAAACUCUCCAAAAAUGUUGUCACACCCGUAUUCCUCCAAUAAUCCACUACUUUUGGAGGAUUUAACACGCACCCGGCAGCAUUCUUGAAGAAUCCGAGCAACAUAGCCUUAAGUCGCGUCCUGCAAAAUCGUGUGAUCUGAAAGAAAUUAAAGCUCACACUUAUUUGAUGCUGUAGAGUUGGACAGGUGAAUCUGUAAUAGUCAUUUCAGUUACUUGAUCUUUAAUGAGCAUCUACUUUUCUUGCUGUUCACAGGAGUUUAAUACUCUCUGGUGACCUAGUCUUCAUAAAUAUUUUAUAUAUACAGAAACUUAGUGAUCAGAAAAGGAUGAAAUCUGAGGAAAUUUCUAAUUGCUUUUGAGAUUUCAUUCAUGUUGCAGGCUCGGGUAUGUCCUCGGGGGUUAACUUUGCCAUACCGAUUGACACAGUUGUACGGACCAUACCUUACCUGAUCGUUUAUGGAACAAGUU